AUGGCAUUUCCGAUGAGCCCACUUGUUUUUGCGCUUAUCGUUGUAUUCUUUGCCUCAUCUUCUUUAGCAACUUCAGUAACUUACAGUGUGCUAGAUUAUGGAGCCAAACCAGGUGGCAGAACUGACUCAACCCAAGGCUUUCUUGCUGCAUGGAAACAAGUCUGUAGCUCUACAAAGCCUGCCACCAUGUACGUGCCGCCAGGGAAGUUCUUGCUACGAGAUAUGGUCUUUCGAGGCAAAUGCAAGAAUGAUGGUAUUAUAAUACGUAUAGAUGGUACACUUGUGGCUCCAUCAGAUUACCAUGUGAUUGGACACUCAGAAAACUGGCUUUUGUUCGAGAAUGUUUAUGGGGUUUCGAUCUUGGGUGGAAUAAUUGAUGGCCAAGGCACUAGCUUGUGGAAUUGUAAAGCCCAUGGCAAGAAAUGCCCUAGAGGAGCAACAAACUUGCGGUUUAGCAAUUCAAACAAAAUUGCAAUCAAGGGAUUAAUGUCACUAAAUAGCCAGAUAUUUCAUAUAGUCUUCCAUGGAUGCCAGAAUGUGGAAAUGGAAGGAGUUACAGUCUCAGCCUCUGGUGAAAGCCCAAACACUGAUGGAAUCCAUGUGCAAAUGUCAAGUGAUGUUACAAUCUUCAACUCUAAAAUUGGAACUGGUGACGACUGUAUAUCGGUUGGCCCUGGUACCUCUCAUCUCUGGAUAGAAAACAUUGCUUGUGGACCUGGCCAUGGAAUAAGCAUUGGGAGUCUAGGCAAGCAAUUUCGUGAGCCGGGCGUGCAAAACGUAACGGUUAAAACCGUCACUUUAACGGGUACACAAAAUGGAUUGAGAAUUAAGUCAUGGGCAAGACCCAGUACUGGUUUUGCUAGGAACAUUCUCUUUCAAGAUGCUAUUAUGAUGGAUGUCAAAAAUCCAAUUGUCAUCAAUCAAAAUUACUGCCCUCACAGCAAAAAUUGCCCUCAUAAGGCUUCUGGUGUUAAAGUUAGUGACGUGAAGUAUCAAAACAUCCAUGGAACAUCAGCAACUGAAGUCGCAGUGAAAUUUGAUUGCAGUGAAAAGGAUCCAUGCACUGGGAUUAAACUUGAAAAUAUAGAUCUCACUUACAAGAGUCAACCAGCAAAUGCUUCAUGCCAAAAUGCAGAUGGAACAUCUUCUGGCUCUGUCCAGCCCGCGAGCUGCCUAGUAUAA